GGAGAUGGUUCGGGAUGAGAUGGACUGCAGACUGUUGCUUAUCCACAAACUCUUUGGAUGAAGAGGUGGGCUGCGUUCAGGCGCUGGAUCACUGCCGACCGAAGGAAACACAAUGGACAAGAGGUCAACCAAGGCUCAUCUGAAUCUCAGCUGCCAGGCAGGAGUGAUGCAGAUCAAGCUGAGCAGUCACCAGGUGGCAAGAUCUACAUCCCCUAUGAGUCUGCUGAACUCUGCAUUGCUCAGAUAGCCAAGGACAUGGAAACCAUGAGUAAAAGGCACCUGGAAAUGGUCCAGGAGCUGGAAGAGAACUUCCAGAUGACAGUGCGGGAGAACCAGAACUGUACCGUACAGAAGAUCAGAUCUCACUAUCAGAACAAGUUAAACAGUCUGCGAAAAAUCCUGGAUGUCUACCAGGAGAAAGUGGAGAAGAAGAAAGCCGACUGGGAGGCUAAAGUUGAGAGCUUGAAAGCUCAAAACGAGCUGUUGCUGAAGGAGCAGAGAGCUGAGAGGAAGAGGAGCGUGGAAGAGGCCCUGCAGUGGCACAGAGAAAAGAGCAAAAUGUUGGAACUGUUCUCCAACAGGCUGGAUGUCCUGCACAGCCACCAGGCCUCCACAUUGCAGGAGCUACAGAUGGCCCGACAAGAAAUAGGAAACGUCCAAGAAAUGUUGGUGGUCUCCACACAGGAGCAGCAGGAAACCACAGGGGAAGGUGAAAACCUGGAGAAUGAAGGACUGUCAGCACAGCAACAGACAGGGGACUGCAGUGAUUCUGAUCAACCACUGGAGGGCGCUAAAGCUCGCCUAGAGGAGCUAAAGGAGAGCCUGUACCAGAGGGAGAGGGAGAUCACUGAACUGCUGGAGGCAGAGAGGAGCCCCAUUCCUCCGGUGCCUCAGCCACCCUGCAGCGUUCUGCUUUCCACCGUCAUACACAAGGCUCGUGAAAUCUGCAGUGCAGUGCCUGAAACCAGAGCCCUGUUAGACCAGAUGAUUGAGGACAAUCGGGUUGCUCUGGCUGAAGCCAGAAACAAACUGGACCAACUCAAGAAUGUUCAAGAAGAAAGCAAUGACAGAGAGGAUGCCACUGACUGGGAGGGGUCAGAGAAAUACAAGACAAAUCUGUCUCUAUUGCAAGGAACAGUAAGGGAAUUUGAGGUCUGUCAAAUUGCUUUAGGCUGCAUUAAAAAUGGAGAGAGCCCCGUGAUGAAUGACUGUGCAGUUUCAGAACUGGAGGAUAUCCUGGGUCAGGAAGCAAGCCAAUCCACGGGUGGAGUUAAGAGUGCCGGUCAGCAGCUUCUGUUGCUGCAGGAUCAGCUGAAGCAAGAAAAAGAAGAGAAAAAGAUAAUAAUUGAGAACUACACUUCAGAAAGGACCCUGAGGAAAAAAUAUUACAAUAUGGUUGAAGACAUGAAAGGUAAAAUUAGAGUGUUUUGUCGGAUUCGCCCUGUGAGCCGAGCCGAAGCUGCGCAGGGUGGGGCCAUCGUUGUGGAAAAAAUAGACGAAUACUCUGUCACCGUAGAAACCCCUCGUGGACCAAGGGAGUUUCAGUUUGACAAGGUGUUCAGUGCUGAAGCCUCUCAGGAAGACUUGUUUCAUGACACCAGCAGGCUCAUCCAGUUAGCUAUUGAUGGUUACAACGUUUGCGUCUUUGCGUAUGGCCAGACGGGCUCAGGGAAGACCUUCACUAUGGUUGGGGACAAGGAACAGAAGAAUCCAGGGAUCAUCCCGAGAGCUUUCAAUGCCAUGUUUGAUAUCAUGCGCAAGAACAACUCUAAAUUCAGCUUCAAGGUUUCAGCCUAUAUGCUGGAGCUGUACAAUGACAGGCUGCAGGACCUCUUUGCGAGCCAGGCUGGUGAGGCCCACGGACACACUCAAUCCCAUGGCCAGGCCAGGCGGGUGGAGAUCAAGAGGAACAGAAAGGGGGUUGUGUUCGCCCAAGGAGCAGAGACAAAAGAGGCUUCCAGUGCCCAGGAGCUCUACGCUCUGUUCCAGCAGGCCUGCGCAAACCGACACAUCUCUGCCACCAAGAUGAACAUGGAGAGUUCCCGCUCUCAUCUUAUUGUUGGCAUCAUGGUGGAGAGCAGGAAUCUGACAAACGGGAGUGUAAGCAGUGGGAAGCUGAGCCUUGUAGACCUGGCAGGCAGUGAGCGAGCAGCCAAAACAGGUGCCAAGGACCACCAGCUGAAGGAGGCAAACUCCAUCAACAAGUCUUUGAGUGCACUGGGUGAUGUGAUCUCAGCUUUAUCUGCUGAACUGCCCCAUGUGCCAUACAGGAAUAGCAAGCUGACACAGGUGAUGCAGGACUCUUUGGGUGGAAAUGCCAAAACUCUGAUGAUCGUCAACAUCUCUCCUACAGAAUACAAUCUUGACGAGACGCUCACAUCUCUUAUUUAUGCAACAAGAGUGAAGGCCAUAACCAACAACGCUCAGAGAAAUGUGGAAAGCAAAGAGAUUGCCCAGCUGAAAGAGGUGAUCAUGAAAUUGAGAUCUGGGCAGAGCGUGGAAGAGGAAGAUGUUUGAACCGUUCUGCGUCGUAAUAGUGAAUAAAGUUAUGAGUAAAGAUUGUUAGAGAUGUUCACAUAUUAAUUUAGCCAUUACUUAAUUAGUUGGACAGAAGAAAGGGUGACAUCACAAUGCGGUGACAGUUGCUGUGAGGAUUGCGUGUGGUUUCUUAAUGAAUGCUGCCGCCUAAAUGUAUAGAAAGAGGCCCCCACAAUAAGAGGCUCCAUGUGUAAAUGAAGAUGUGAAUAGUCUGUAGGUCAUUCAGUUUGCACGUUUUUGCGUGUGGUAAAAGCUAACAUGCGUGUGGCAGUGAGUUCAGUGGCUGUGAAUAGACAUGCAAUAGCACGCAAUGUUACACUGUUGUUGACAAGAGUCAUACAGAUGAGUUUGUAAAAUAAAAGCUUUAGUUCAAAGGUCAGGGGAAUUUUAGGAAAGGUUCAAAUCUGCUAAUGUAUCAAAGAAAAUUUGUCCACUUGUACACAAAAAUCUAUAGAAUAUAAGAUUUCAUACUAAAUACGGCACUGUGACACAGGUCUCAUGAGGAAAACAAUAUUUAUUAUUUAAUAUGUAUCCUUAGUUAAUAUUUAUAAUUAAAAUAAAAAAUUAAAUAGGGUUAAAAGAUUGUCUGUCAUUCUACUUUCCUUAAUACAUUCCCAUAGCUCAGUUUUCUACACAGUGUAUUGGAUCUCUUAUAAUGACUUUGGCAUGUGUGCAGUACAAACUCAUACUUUGUAUUGUUCAGACUCUGGGAGAUCUGUCGGUUCAUUUGUGUGUGUGGCACCCAUAAAUUGUAAUGCAUUCAUUCAUAAAAAGUUGACACAAA